UUUUGUGUCGCCUUCGCCGAUGUCGGCGUUAUAAACGAGAAUAUUGCAAAAUAUUGUGCUGGUGUAAUUAACAAAGAAGUAAAAUAUAUAUAUAAAUAAUAAUAUAUAUAAUCAUCCAAUAUGAAUAAUAUUUUUAAACUUAAGCUUACAGCUCUCGGCCAUCCGAAUCCGGUAGGAUUUAAUUCUGAAGAUGAAAAAGAAUAUAGGAGUGUUGUCUUAUGGCUAGAAGAUCAAAAAAUUAGACAUUACAAAAUUGAAGAAAGAGAGGGCUUGAGAAAUAUUGAGUCUGAUAAAUGGAAGGAUGCGUACAAUACGUAUCAAAGGGAUUUAGUUAGUCCAGUUGUUGAAGGAACACUUAAUGAACAGUUAAACUGGUUAUUGUCAUAUGCAGUAAGAUUAGAAUAUGCUGAUAAUGUUACAAAAUAUAAAGAUGUAAAAGUGGAACAACCAAAACAGUCUGCUCCAAAUGUAGUUUCAUCUAACCCAUUGGACAAUCUAGACUUUGACAGCCCUGCAUUUAAAGCUGGAGUUGAAAGGAUUUGUGCUUUAACUGGAGUGGGACCUCAUUCGGACCCUAAAGUUCGUCUGUCUGCUGUAGCUAAGAUCUUAAAGACAGCCCCUCACCCAGAUUUUCCGAAGAAUGAAUUCAACAUGGUACAACAGCCAGUUGAUGUCUUGAAGCUUCUUUUCAUACAAGAUCUUAGAGAAUUACAAACAAAAAUUAAUGAAGCUUUGGUGGCUGUACAAACAGUCACUGCUGAUCCUCGCACAGAUACAUCUUUGGGCAAAGUUGGGAGAUAAAUUUGUUUUAUAAAUGCAAUUAAAAUCAAGUUAAAUAAAAAAUAUAUGUAAUCUAUGUAUGCUUCAUAUGACUAGGAUUAUUUAAUUUUUUUGGCAAAUUGUUUUUUGUUGUUACAAAAACAGAAAUAGUUUUUUAAUUAUAGCACAUGUAAUAUAUUACCAAAAUUAAAAUGCUUAUUAACAGAAAUUAUUGACUUUGGUCAUAUUGUUAAAAGGGCCUAUUUAAUCGAAUAUAUUAUAUGAGUACAGCUUUGAUAAGGUCUCUUAUUUUUGAUGAGAAGAUUUUUUUAAGAGAAUUUUAUACUAUAAUUUGAUUAAAUAAAUACACUUAACUGUA